UGAAGUGCCCUCGUCAACGGUUUCCUCUCAUUGUCGGUUUGUUGUAGCAGUCGAACGUUACGAAGAUUACCAGAUGAACGCUAAGACAAUUUUUGUACUGGCAGCGUAUUUCUUUACUGCCUUAGUGACAGUAGGUGCAGUCCGAGAUUACUAUUUAUCAGAAAAGAAGGCACAAGAUAGACCAUUUCUGAUGUCAUCGAGGUACGGUCGAGGAGGCGGAGGGACGAGUGGUACAAACGGAGCAAAGCACGUUAUUGUCGCACCGAGAACGGACAAAUUCUUCUUAGCGUCCAGAUACGGCAAGCGAUCGAGUACAAUGAGCAACGCGCCUCUAUCAUACCUAACCGACACACUACCACUAUGUGGCAACGUUGAAGAUCUAGAUUUAUCAUGCGCUUACACUGGAUUUUCGAAUCUUUAUCGUUGUGCUCAAAAGAAGGAGACGCCAAGCAUCGACCUAUCGUCCGACAAUUGAGUGAAGCGAAAUGAAGUGAUUAGUUAAAUAUAAGUAAUGUUAAUAUAAUAGUUAUAAAUUAAUUUUAGUUUUUUAAGAAUGCGGCUUGCCUUUGGGCUGGGGGCGAGAAGCAGAUACCUUUUUGAUCUAUACGAUCUACUUCCUAUAAAUAUUGUACACUAAUAAAUUAAUGUAUAAAUGUCCAAUAAAAUAUUAUGUAU